AGGAAAAGAACCAAACCGGAAUGGGCGAAGAAGGCUCUGUCCCCUCUCCGUCGCUUCUCGCGCCCGCGCCCUGCUUCCAUUGAUGAUUUUUCUUCGGCGCAGUCAACAUCUCGAGUUUAUUUGACGAUUGCGAGUAAAAUAUGUAUAUAAUGCUGACCUGAUUCGAUCUCCCUGUCGUUGGCUUGGUCGAUGCUUUUAUCGUAGAUCUCAUAAUUAAUUCCUAACUUUGCAUUAUUGUAAUGGUAAUGUGGAUUAAUUAUGAACACAUAUAUUGCAUGUGUAUGCUCUUCUUCGUAUAGCUUCUGCUUGUGCGCCUGGCGACGGUGGUUUGGGGCUGAGGAAGAAGUUGUUUGUUCUUCUGUGUGUAGCGGCGCUUUGGCUGCAAUAUUGGCCUCAAUCGCUGUACAAAUUUGUGCACAAUGAUGAUUGUAUGCUAAUACAAUGUUUUGUAGGGAAUCGAGAUAGCAAAAUUUUGGAGAGUGAGAGACGCUGAAUCUGGAGAUCUAAAGGAGGCGUUAAGUGUGGCUGCCUUUGCCAACUUUGGGGCUCAGGGGAAUAAGAGUUUCAUUGUAGAGGUGGGGUGGUCUUGCAAAUGUCGAAGUUAUUCCAAAAGGCUGCGAAUCUAACUCUGAAACGCAAGGAAUCAAAUGGAAAUGCUGCAACAGAGGAUCUUGAGAAGGCAUUAUCACGAGUUGCUAAGCUGUUCGAGCAACUACAUUCCAGUGCUUCUUCACCCCAAGAAAGAGAACUCACCACGGCUUGUUUGCUUGGUGUAGCUAAAUCAAGAAAAGAAGCAAGGGACUUCAUUGUUUCCCAUGGUCAAGCAAUGCCAUUAUUAGUAUCCAUUCUAAGAAAUGGUACCCAACUGGCCAAAAUAAAUGUUGCUGAAAUCUUAAGAGUCCUAUGUAAAGACAAGGAUUUGAGGGUAAAAGUGCUUCUGGGUGGAUGCAUUCCACCAUUACUCUCACUUUUGAAAUAUGAUUCAAUUGAAGCUAGGAAGGCAGCUGCAGAGGCAAUAUAUGAACUAUCAUCCAAUGGACUUUCAGAAGAUCUCACAGGCAUGAAGAUAUUUGUUACUGAGGGGGUGGUGCCAUCCUUGUGGGAGCAAUUAUAUAUGAAGAAGGAGCGGGACAAAGUGGUAGAAGGGUUUAUCACAGGGGCAUUAAAAAAUCUUUGUGGUGAUAAAGAUGGAUAUUGGAAAACAACACUUGAUGCUGAUGGGGUGAACACUAUUGUUAGCCUUCUAUCUUGUAAAAAUCCUACCACUCAAGCCAAUGCUGCUUCUCUCCUAGCACGCCUGACUUUGAGUUUUACAGAGAGCAUACAAAAGAUUAUUGAUGCUGGGGCAAUCAAAAUUUUGCUUGGGCUCUUAGGUCCGAAGACAAAUAUCUUUGUGAGGGCCAGUUCUGCUGAAGCAUUAGAAGCCCUUACUAAAAAAUCGUCGAUAGCCAAGCAAGUUAUUGUUGAUUCCCAGGGCACAACAGUGCUUAUUGGGGCCAUAAUUGCGCCUUCUAAGGAAGGGAUGCAAGGAGAGGGUGGGCAGGCUCUUCAGCAGCAUUCUACACAAUCUUUAGCAAAUAUAUGUGGUGGAAUGUCUGAACUCAUGCUUUAUCUUGGAGAACUUGCCCAGUCACCUAGGUUAGCGGCUCCAGUUGCUGAUAUAAUUGGAGCACUAGCUUAUACCUUAAUGGUCUAUAAACAGAGUGGAAAUGGAGAGAGGUUUGACUCAACAAAAGUCGAAAGCAUUUUAGUCAUGCUCUUAAAGCCAAGAGAUAAUAAGUUGGUACAGGAGCGCAUCCUUGAGGCCAUGGCUAGCCUAUAUGGAAAUCCUUAUCUUUCAGUCACAAUCAAUCAAUCUGCAGCUAAAAGAGUUCUUGUUGGGCUUGUGACAAUGGCUGCUGGUGAUUCUCAAGAAUAUUUGAUCCUGUCUCUGAUUGAGUUAUGCGCUAACAAAGUAAGUGUUUGGGAGGCCCUGGGAAAGAGGGACGGAAUUCAGAUACUAAUAUCAUCUCUGGGGUUAUCCAGCGAACAGCACCAGGAGUAUGCAGCUGAGAUGCUUGCUAUCCUGACUGAACAAGUAGAUGACAGUAGAUGGGCGAUCACUGCAGCUGGUGGAAUUCCUCCACUAGUUCAAUUAAUUGAAGUUGGAUCCUUGAAGGCGAAGGAAAGUGCAGCUUAUAUCUUGUUGAAUUUGGGUUCUCACAAUGAAGAUAUCCGUGAUUGUAUUGAAAGGUCUGGAGCCAUCCCAGCACUUCUAUGGCUCCUAAGAAAUGGUGGACCAAAAGGGCAGGAAGCUUCUGCAAAUGCUCUUAUAGAACUUAUCAGGCUUGGUGAUUCUGCUACCAUUAACCAAUUGUUAGAUAUCCUUGUUGGUGACACUUCAAGUUCCAAGGCGUCUGUCAUCAAAGUUUUGGGUCAUGUGCUUUCCACAGCCUCUCAUGCUGACCUUGUGAAUAAGAAUGCUACUGCUAAUAUGGGCUUGAGGUCGCUUGUCCAGGUUCUCAAUUCAUCAGAUGAGGAGGCUCAAGGGCAUGCAGCUUCAAUUUUGGCUGACUUAUUCAGCAAGAGGAAAGAUAUUUGUGAUAGUCUAGCCACAGAUGAAGUCAUCAAUCCCUGUAUGAAACUUUUGACUAGCAAAUCUCACGGCAUUGCAACUCAGUCAGCUCGGGCUUUGGGGGCUUUGUCUCCUUAUAUUGCUGAUAGAGAUGUCCAACCUUUGAUCAAAUUAGCAAGAACAUCAUCCAUUCAAUCUGCAGAAACAGCAAUGGCUGCAGUAGCUAAUUUGUUGUUAAAUCCUCAUGUAGCUGGCGAAGCACUUGCAGAGGAUGUUGUUUCUGCUAUAACAAGACUUUUGGGAGAAGGAUCGCCAGAAGGUAAGAGGAGUGCUUCCCGAGCACUAUGCCAAUUAUUGAAGCAUUUUCAAGUAGGUGAUGUCCUCGGUGGGUACACCCAAUGUCGAUCUGUUGUUCUUGCACUUGUUGAAUCCUUAAAGGAAAUGGAUUUGGAUACCAGCGAUGCUGCUGAUGCUUUAGAAGUUGUCGCACUAUUAUCAUGCGCAAAGCAGGACAGGAAAUCUACUUACGCACCAUGGUCUGCCCUUUCCAACGUUUUCUCAAGUUUACAAACACUUGUAAAUUGCCUCUGUAGAGGUUCUAUAUCUGUACAGGACAAAGUGAUAGGGAUUCUCUCUAGACUUACUGGGGAUCAACCAGCUGUACUAGGUGAUUUAUUGGUCUCAAAUACUAGAUCAAUAAGUGUCCUGGCUAGUAGGAUUAUUAGAUCUAGUAGCCUGGAAGUGAGGGUUGGAGGAGCAGCAUUGCUAAUUUGUGCUACCAAGGAAAACAAAGUUCAAUCCAUGGAUGCACUUGAGGCAUCUGGAUAUAUGAAUCCUCUUAUCCGAGGAUUAGCUAAUAUGACUAAGCAAAGUUCCUCUCUUGAAAUCAAAAUUAGGUCCCCUAGCAGUUUGAGAGAGAGAAAAGCUUUUCAGGAUGGAGGUUGUUUUGAUGUACCUGAUCCUGCUACUGUAUUUGGAAGCACUGUUUCGUUAUGGUUGCUAUGUAUACUUUCUUCAUUUCAUCCCACAAGCAAAAUCACCAUGAUGGAAGUUGGAGUGCUGGAAGCCCUAUCAGAUAAGCUCUCAAGUCAUGCUAACAGUAAUCUGGCUGCAUUUGAGGACACAGAAGGAGUCUGGAUCAGCACAGCUUUGGCAGCUUCACUUUUCCAGGAUCCUAAUGUUGCAUCUUCUCAUAUGACCAUGGAGAUUAUACCCUCACUUUCUGUCUUGUUGAAAUCAGAUGAAUUGAUUGUCAGAUAUUUUGCGGCUCAGGCGAUGGCUAGCCUUGUCUGCCAUGACAUUAAGGGAAUAAACCUUGCCAUGGUAAACUCAGGUGCUGUACCUGGGUUAACUGCCCUGAUUGGAUUCCUAGAAUCUGAUAGGGAAAAUUUGAUAGCCUUAUCUCAAGACUUCUCCUUGGCGAGGAAUCCCGAAGUGGUAGUUUUGGAAAAAUUAUUCCAAGUCGAUGACAUCAAAUUUGGUUCUAUUGCUUGGAAGGCAAUUCCUUUGCUUGUUGAUUUGCUAAAGCCCAUUCCAGAACGACCUGAAGCUCCCCCAAUAGCUGUUCGCCUCUUGACUCAGAUUGCUGAUGGAAAUGACAUAAAUAAACAAAUCAUGGCUGAAGCUGGAGCUCUGGAUGCUCUGACUAAAUAUUUAUCAUUGAGUCCAGCAGACUUGACGGAGGCCACGAUAUCUGAGUUACUUAGAAUAUUGUUUAGCAAUCCAGAUCUAGUUCAUUAUGAUGCAGCAAUUAGUUGCAUGAGUCAACUGAUUGCUAUUCUUCGUUUGGGAUCUAGAAGUGCAAGGCUAAGUGCUGCAAGAGCCCUAAGUGAACUAUUUGAUGCUGAUCAUAUCAGGAAUGUUGAAUCAUCUUCACAGGCAAUUCAACCCUUGGCUGAUAUGCUUGAUUCUACCACAGAAUGUGAACAAAAGGUUGCUUUGGGUGCACUGCUUAAACUGACUUCAGAUAAUAAAUCAAAGGCUGCAAUGCUAGCUGAAGUAGAAGGAAAUCUUCUUCACAAUCUUUCUAAGAUUCUGACAUCUUCUAUGAACUUGCAACUAAAGGGAGAUGCUGCAGAGUUGUGCUAUGUUCUUUUUGAUGACCCAAAAGCCCGAGAAACGCAAGUUGCCUCUGAAUGCACUGAACCCCUGAUCUUGUUGAUGCAGUCUGGUGAAGAAACUGCUGUGGAAUCUGCUGUCUGUGCUUUUGAGAGACUAUUAGACAAUGAACAAAUGGAUGUCACAUCGGCUCAUGAUGUGGUUGGCAUUCUUGUAGGUCUGGUUUCUGGAUCAAAUCAUCGGCUUAUUGAAGCAAGCAUAUGUGCACUCAUCAAAUUGGGGAAGGACAGAACUCCUCGCAAGUUGGAUAUGGUCAAUGCUGGAAUUAUUGAUAAUUGUCUAGAGUUACUCCCUAUGGCUCCCAAUUCAUUGUGUGCCAUGAUUGCCGAACUCUUCCGCAUCUUGACAAAUAGCAGUGUGAUUUCAAAAGGCCCAGCUGCUGUGAAAAUAGUAGAGCCAUUGUUUUCAGUACUCCUCAGGACAGAUUUUGGACUGUGGGGGCAGCACAGUUCCCUGCAAGCACUUGUUAACAUUCUGGAGAAGCCUCAAAGUCUCUCAGCUAUGAAACUCACUCCUAGUGAAGUCAUUGAACCUCUAAUCUCAUUUUUGGAGUCCCCAUCGCAAGCUAUCCAACAGCUAGGUACGGAGUUGUUGUCUCACCUGCUUGCUUUGGAACAUUAUAAGCAAGAUAUAACCACAAAAGGUGCGGUUGUUCCUCUCGUUCAGCUUGCAGGAAUUGGCAUAUUGAAUUUGCAGCAAACUGCAAUAAAGGCCCUGGAAAACGUCUCCUUAAGUUGGCCUAAGGCGGUUUCUGAUGCUGGUGGUAUUUUUGAGCUCUCCAAGGUUAUUAUCCAAGAAGAUCCUCUACCGCCCGAGGCUUUAUGGGAAUCUGCAGCCUUAGUUCUCACAAAUAUCCUGCAAUCUGAUGCUGACUACUAUCUAAACAUUCCAGCUGUGGCUCUUGUUAAAAUGUUGCAUUCGUCCCAUGAGGGCACCGUUAAGGUUGCUCUUAAUGCUCUCUUGGUUCAAGAAAACACUGAGGGUUCGAGUGCUGAAUUGAUGGUUGAGGCUGGUGCUGUGGAUGCUUUGUUAGAUUUAAUGAGGUCUCACCACUGUGAAGAGGGAUCAGGUAGACUACUGGAAGCUUUAUUCAACAAUAGACGAGUACGGGAAAUGAAAGCUUCUAAAUAUGCUAUUGCACCUCUUGCUCAGUAUUUGCUAGACCCGCAAACAAAAUCCGAAACCGGGAGGUUUCUUGCUGCACUUGCACUGGGUGAUCUCUCUCAACACGAGGGCCUCGCCAGAGCUACUGAUGCUAUUUUUGCCUGCCAGGCACUGAUAAACCUGCUGGAGGAUCAGCCUACGGAGGAAAUGCAAAUGGUGGCAGUCUGCGCGUUACAGAACUUUGUCACACGCAGCAGAACCAAUCGAAGAGCUGUUGCUGAAGCAGGUGGAAUAUUGGUGAUUCAAGAACUGCUGCUGUCCCCAAGUCCAGAUAUCGUUACACAGGCUGCACUGCUCAUCAAACUUCUAUUUUCAAGUCACACCCUUCAAGAAUAUGUUUCAAAUGAGCUGAUCAGAUCAUUGACAGCUGCUCUAGAGAGAGAAUUGCUGUCCAUGUCCAGCGUCAACGAAGAGGUUUUGAGGACAUUACAUGUCAUUUUUACCAAUUUUCACAAGCUUCAUAUUUCCGAAGCAACGACACUGUGUAUUCCCCAUUUGGUUGCAGCACUGAAGUCUGGGAGCGAAGCCGCUCAGGAUUCAGUGCUGACCACCUUGGGUUUGCUGAGAAAUUCAUGGUCAAUGAUGCCACUUGAUGUGUCGAAAUCCCAAUCCAUGGUCGCAGCUGAAGCCAUCCCUCCUCUGCAAAUGCUUUUGAAAUGUUGCCCUCCAACUUUCCCGGAAAGGAUAAAAGGCCUGUUGUAUUCUUUACCAGGCUGUCUAACGGUCACCGUAGUGCGAGCAUGUAACCUGAGGCAGCUCAUGGGCGGAACCAAUGCUUUUUGUCGAUUGACGAUUGGAAAUGGCCCUCCUAGGCGAACUAAGGUCAUUAACCAUAGCACCUCACCGGAAUGGAAAGAAUCGUUUACAUGGGCUUUCGACGUACCACCCAAGGGCCAAAAGCUACACAUUGUGUGCAGAGGCAGAAGUACUUUCGGAAAGACUACCCUUGGAAGAGUCACAGUUCAGAUCGGCAGAGUCGUGACUGAAGGGACACACGCUGGUGUUUUCAACAUCAGUCAUCGCACAAGCAAGGAUGGCAAUCCGCGAACUCUUGAAAUCGAGAUAGCUUGGUCCAAUAUGUCAUCUGAGUGA